AUGUUAAAGAAAGAUGAUACUGUUUGCUACUUACUUGCUAAUGCAGAAUGGGAAAGAGGUAUAGAAAAUCAAAGACGAACAACUGAUUUCACCUUUAGUCUAAGUCUUUAUAAAAUCCAAAAAGUGGUUAUCAUAAAGAAUGAACUAGCUUUAUAUUAUCUUGAAGAUGAAUUUAUACUAAAGCGGAG